AUGGACCCUUCAUCCUUCGCCAGCGCCGCGGCUAGCCUCCUGGCGCUUGACAUCCAGAUUCUCUCCUCCCUCUACGGUGACUGGGACGAGGGGAGCAGGCCCCUGGUCGAUAGGCUCACAUACGAGCUUACGCAGAUCCGAACCGUCCUCCAGGCGCUGGAGAUCACGUCGCUGUCCUUUGCGGAGCCGAUCUUUGAUGUUUCUCGCCUCCGGUCAUGCCUGGAAGAUCUGAAGGAGCAUCUCCUGUGGCUGGGUCCCAAGGUCUCGGAGCCAGGCCUCCAGAGACAUGAGUGGCAGUGGCGCACCAUGAACAUGCUGGAGCGAUCUGGGUUCAGCAACCUCUCGCUGUCAAAGUGUGGGAGCGCGAAUGAGCUCGUGUACUUGCGGUCGUCUCUGUCCAAGUUGAAGGAUUGCAUCGCAAAAUCUCCUUUCCGAUCUCCCGAAGCUGCCGUAGAGCGCCAGGCAAGAACCCUAGGCAGCUGUUUAUGGAACGACUGCAUGGACUAUACCAGAUCUCACGAGACGGCGCGAGAGACACGCACAGAAGGGACUGGCCGAUGGCUCCUCAGUGACAAGACGUAUCAUAAAUGGUUCGCGGUUGACCGUUCAUCAAACGUCUUGUACUGUACCGGGAGGCCAGGCUCUGGCAAAACUGUUUUGACUUCUCUGGUCGUGGACGAGAUUAGGGACCUCCAACAGCAUGAACCAUCUUCAAAUAUCGGACUGGCGUACUUCUAUUUCAGCUACAAAGUGCCAAGUCCCAUGCGAGGUGUCACCCUAGCGCUCCUCGAGCAGCUAUUCCUACAGUCGUUGACCGCCCCCGACGAAGUCUUACAACUCGAAGAUCGAGCUUCAAAGGGGGAACAGAUCCCUUUUAGGGAAAUCCUGUCGAUCCUGUCUGCUGUAUCCAAGCGUUUUCAAAAAUGCUACAUCGUUCUCGACGCCCUCGAUGAAUGCGCCGACGACUAUCAGGCCGACUUGGUCCACCUCCUCAGCUCCAUCCGGGACUCUCGAAGUCGCCUCUUUGUCACCUCCAGGCCAUUUCAGAGUUACGCCAUGUUUGAAACCUACCCACGUAUCAGCGUCGCGCCGUCCGCGGAAGAUGUCGAGCUCUACGCCACGUCACAGCUUGAAAGGAGCCCCCUUAGGGAUCACCCCGAGCUCCUCCAGCAGGUCGUUGGGGCAAUCAUCGAAAGCAGCGCUCAGCAUGGCAUGUUCCUACUCGUCAUGUUACAAGUCCGCGAAGUGCUUGACAAGCAUACUGUAAAAGGCACCACCGAGUGGCUUGAAUAUUUCCAGAGCCAUGGCGCCUCGGAAGGGAAUCUUCUGAACGCGUAUCAGAAAGAACUCGCCCAAAUUUCGAGCCUCAGUCCUGACUUGACAAAUCUGGCAGCAUGGACUUUGACGUGGCUCUACUUCGCACAACGGCCCCUAAACGCCCGAGAGCUGCUGGAUCUCCUCAGAACGACCGAACACGGCGCGGUGUUAAAGCUCAGCGACAGUGAAGCUAUAGGGCUCAUUGUCAAAAGCUGCAUGGGGCUGGUACGCAACUCGACUACUAUCACCUUUACGCACUUUUCUGUCAAGGAGUUUUUCGACUACAACAAGGACCAUCCCCUCCUUCAUCCUGAGUACAUGGUCGCCGAGCGUUGCUUGGUGUAUAUUUCUCUCUGUAAGCUCUUCGCACUCAGUAGCUCAGAAGAAGUCGAGAAAGUUGUGUCCACGCACCCGUUCUUGCUUUAUGCGGCGAAUCACUGGGGACGCCAUGUUUUCAAUGUUGGACCGGAUCAUCGGGCCUUUUUCGGACAUAAGUGCAUCCUCGUCCUCGAGGAGCCACAGACGGUGGCCAUCCUGGGUCAGAUCUCACUAUUACCUCGCCUCGACAUGAAAACGCUCAAAGGGCCCUUUGUCGAGUUCUCAGCCCUGCAUAUGAUAGCACAUUUUGGCCUCACCUGGCUUCUCGACUACCCUUGGGACAGGUUCAUUUCCGGUCUUCUGGCUCACUUGACCCCUCAAGGGCCGGGCUUCAACUAUCUCAAAGACAGCUGGGGAAGGACUCCACUCCAUAUCGCGGCUGGUCAAGGUCAUACGCUCUGCCUGCAAAAACUGCUCUCGAUGCAAGAUCUAGUUUCCAAAAGUCUACGAGCAGACGACGAAGGUAGGACGCCAUGGCACUACGCUGCAAUGAGCGGCAACGCCCAGGUUAUCCAGGCGUUAUCGGCGAGAUAUCCUCUUAGCCUCGACCACGAAACACACGAUGUACAGGGACUGAGUCCGCUGCAGUAUGGUGUGAUCCAGGGCGAUGGGAAGGCUUUCGAAAGUCUCAUGGAUGCUUACCCGGCUGAAGAGGCAUCCAAGACAUACAUGGACGAGGCCUUGACAGCUGCUUUGCAACAUGGCAGGAUAGACAUUGUUCGAAUGCUCCUCGGUCGUAUCACGCCCCGGUAUGAGCACCUGACAGUAGCUAUCAACUCCAAUUUUGCGCUAGCAGUGAGGCUUCUCCUUGAUUACGUGGACGAUCUCGACAACCCAGCGACGGCUCAACGAACAGCCUUGCUUGAAGCCGCCCGCACUGGGAAUAACACAAUCUUGUCCUUCCUGAUACGCAGUGGAGCAGGAGUAGGGGAGACAGACAGCAAUGGUCUUACCGCCCUGGCCCACGCGGUGGAAGUGGGCAACGUCGAAGCCGUGGGAGCUCUGCUCAAGGCCGGCGCGAACCCAGCAACACCUUACUCUGACGGCACCAGCCUCAUCAUGCACGCGGCCUCUCGAAACAUGAUUGACAUCCUGCAGCUCCUCAUAGAGUCUGGGUCGGGCGACGGAGACUUGAAGGAAGCCGCUUUCCUUGCAGCCAAAGAGGGACAUCAAGACGUUGUCCAGCUCCUCCUCGCGUCUGGCGUGUUGCCUAAUGAACGCUCCCGUGACGGACAAACCCUUUCAGAAGUUGCGAGGGAGGCUGGGUUCGAAAACAUCGUGGCACUCCUGCAGGACACUGGAGCUGAGCCUCUGCCUCAGGUUGUCUACUCCACCAACAAGGUGCCUCCUCAGGACCAUAAAGCCUCAACAUCCAGGGAAGCACCAUCGACCAGCUACCGAGUCCCCAGUAGCAGUACUAGCCGUGGCCUUGAGAGCCCUACGCCAAAGAAGGAAGAGAGCAAAGAGUGUGGCGAAGGUCACCACACGCGCCUAGCCAAAGAUGAGGAUGUUGUGGAAGAACCCAGGCAAGAAGCCAAAGAGGGACACACUGCCGAGCCUAGUAGUAGACAUACUGCUCCAAUCAGCAGAGAAGAUGCCGAAACUAGGGGAAAGGCGAGGAGAAAGGUACCUUCGCCUAGUUCCGAGAGGACGUCUCAGCAUGAUGUGCCUACCACCCUGCGCAGUACCCCCCAAUCGAAGGGCCCCACGCCCUUCGUCCUUCUAAGCACACCAAUCGAGCCGGAAUACCUUGCUCUAGGCAUGAUUGUGGCGGACCCUCGCAGCCCCUUGCAAUUCUACAUCCCAAAACAGAUACAAUCACUCGAACCCCUAACUUCCGAGGCGCAAUACAAAACGGUGCAAUACGACUGGAAUGUGGCCCGGUUCUCAUCAAAGACGUCCAAUGCCACCUUGGCAUCCAUGCUUGAGGUAUCCCUUGCGGCUAGUCGAGCAUCCCGAGGGUCCAGAAUGGACAUUCACUCGCCUCGUCUCCUACGGCGUCAACUCCGAAAUCACGACCAUGUGGUCAAGACAAUCUGCCAAGGGAAUGAGGAACAGCUGUUGGACAUGCUCAAGAACUGGAAAGAGGUUUUCGUUGUCGUCGGGCUGCUGAUCGCGACCGACAUGGAGGUGGUGGAUGAACAGGAGGAGAAGGCCGCAGCAGGCGACGGGAUAUCCGUUGGUGUGGGUAUCGACAUAAUUGGUUUAGCCGCUCAGAUCGGAGCAGAGUCGAGCAGGAGAAGAAGCCUCUCGGCACGGUAUUCGGGCGACAGGGUCGUGGCGGUCCAGUAUCGGAGCCUCAAGCUCGAGAACCGGCUGUUUAGGAACUUGCUCACAAGGGCAAAGGAGACGCCGUUGACUCUGGGGGCCUAUUUUCAGGGGGAUACGAAUGAAAGAGUAUUAUAA